AUGUCCUCCAGGCCGGCCUGGGCUAGAUCUCAAUGCCCCUUGCCCCUGGCUGGACUCCCUUGUGCAGUGAUAUACCUGCACAACUGUUCACAGUCAUCCAUCAAUUCCUGUCCAAGAGUCUGCACUAACCUCACUGCCUUUUUACACCUCUCUCCUUUUUCACCCUGGGCUCUAGGAACUGGGUGGGCUGGAGGCCCCUCCAGGCACAGAUCUGAUAGAAAAGGUGAGUUUCUUGAAGCUCAGACUCUCAAGGGCUCUUCUCUCAGUAACUUAGGGGUACCGCCAGGCCGGGGGAACUGCCCGCUCACCAUGCCCCUGCCUUUCGACCUCAUCUACACCGACUACCACGGCCUUCAGCAGAUGAAGCAGCACAUGGGACUCUCCUUCAGGAAGUACCGGUGCCGAAUCCGGGUCAUCGACACCUUUGGAACAGAGCCCGCGUACAACCACGAGGAGUACGCCACGCUGCACGGCUACCGCACCAACUGGGGCUACUGGAACCUCAACCCCAAGCAGUUCAUGACCAUGUUCCCUCACACCCCGGACAACUCUUUCAUGGGCUUCGUGUCCGAGGAACUCAACGAGACGGAGAAGCAGCUCAUCAAAGGCAGCAAGGCCAACAACAUGGCCGUGGUAUACGGCAAGGAGGCGAGUAUCUGGAAGGGGAAGGAGAAGUUCCUAGGCAUCCUGCACAAGUACAUGGAGGUCCACGGCACCGUGUACUACGAGAGCCAGCGGCCCCCCGAGGUCCCCGCCUUCGUGAAGAACCACGGCCUCCUGCCGCAGCCUGAGUUCCAGCAGCUGCUGCGCAAGGCCAAACUCUUCAUAGGCUUCGGCUUCCCCUACGAGGGCCCGGCCCCGCUGGAGGCCAUCGCCAACGGCUGCGUCUUCCUGCAGUCCCGCUUCCGUCCGCCCCACAGCUCCCUCAACCACGAGUUCUUCCGCGGCAAGCCCACCUCCAGGGAGGUGUUCUCCCAGCACCCCUACGCAGAGAACUUCAUCGGCAAGCCCUACGUGUGGACCGUGGACUACAACAACUCCGAGGAGUUCGAAGCAGCCAUCCAGGCCAUCAUGAAAACCCAGGUGGAGCCCUACCUGCCCUACGAGUACACCUGCGAGGGCAUGCUGGAGCGGAUCCAGGCCUACAUCCAGCACCAGGACUUCUGUGCAGCGCCCAGCCCUGCCCCGCCGGGGACCCGCACCUCGCACAGCCCCUUUGUCCUGGCCCCCAACGCCACCCACCUGGAGUGGGCCCGGAACGCCAGCGAGGUCCCCGGGGCCUGGCCCCCGCCCCACUCGCUGCGGGCCUGGCUGGCCGCCCCCGGGAGGGCCUGCACGGACGCCUGCCUGGACCACGGGCUGGUCUGCGAGCCGUCCUUCUUCCCCUUCCUCAACAGCCAGGAGGCCUUCCUCCAGCUGCAGGUGCCCUGUGACAGCACGGAGUGGGAGAUGCACCACCUGUACCCCGCCCUCGCGCAGCCCGGCCAGGAGUGCUACCUGCAGAAGGAGCCGCUGCUCUUCAGCUGCGCCGGCUCCAGCACCAAGUACCAGCGGCUCUGCCCCUGCCGCGACUUCCGCAAGGGCCAGGUGGCCCUGUGCCGGGGCUGCCUGUGAGGUGGCCGAGGCCCUGCCCUGCGCCUCCCGACAGAGAAAGCACCAGCAGACCCCAGCUCCAGCCACUCGCCUGCCUGUGGCUCCCCGGCUGGGGCUUCCCUCCCAGCCUGGAAGUGGCCCGGGGAGAGCCAAGCACAGUCCAGGGGAGGACAGGCCCCGGGCACUCACCUGGGGGUCCUCGCUCUCACCCGGGACUCACGGCCAAGUAGAUAUCGGGCUGGUCGGAGGGUCCCAGAGGCCCCGGAGCAGGUGGUCUGAGGCCCCUUGCUUUGUGCAAGGUAAGGUCUGGACCAGGGGAAGAGCCUGGCCAUUCCUGGGCCCUGGGUGGGGCCUCCUGAUUUAUGACAUGGGCAGCAGGGUCCACUGGGGGAGCCCAGGAGUGGACAGCAGCCUGGCCCAGGCCUGGGCUGGGAGAGACCUGCGGGGUGUACCCUCUUCCUGUGAGGGCCGCCGAGCACGCAGGGCCAGCCGGGUCCCUCUGGGGUUGUUUGGGGGUGGACAGAGGGGAGGGUUGUGGGAGGUAGGCUGGGGGGCCCUCCUCGGCUCGGCCCCGCCCCGCCCUGUUCCUUCUCCAUUUCCUGAGCCCCCUCCCUCUCCACUUGGGUGCGGGACCACCUAGACCCUGGCCGGCUUGUCCCCGUCCUGCUUGUCCCAGAUCUCCUCCCCGCGGCCUGAAUCCAGUGGCAUGACCUGCAGCCCCAGAUGGGCGGAUCUGCCCCACAGCCUCCGUCCAGCCCGGCCAGGGGCAGGCUUCCACUCGGCCUGCAGGGGCCCCUCCGGGUGUCCCGGGAGUGUCCUCCAGGUCCCCAGACGCUGGCUCCCACACCCUCAGCAUCUUUUGCAGGCAGGGCUUGGGGUGGGCUGCCCACCACCCCGGGCACCCCCAGCCCGUCCCCGCUGCCCGGGCCCCCAGCUCCCGGCGGCCCCCACCCGUCCGUGCUGCAUCCGUGUCCCCCUUCAGCUUCGUCCAGCCUCAGACCAAGAUGGAGCCACGUGCCCAUCGGUGUGGCAUGCCUGCCCGCCCCAGGGUGCCCGUCCCCCGUCUGAUUCCACAUUCAGGCUUUCAGAAUCACUGCCACCCCCUUGCCCGGGAGAGGUCUUGUCCACCCGGCCGCCCGCCCAGGGAGGCAGCCCCGGGGCCUGAGAGUUGGAGGAGGGCUGGAGGUGACCGGUCCUGGGAGCCCCUCCUGGCCAGGCUGGCCCCGGGGCCGCAGAAACGACGGCGGGAAGAACUCGAUGUCCCCAGGACCUGACCCGUGGGGGGAAAGCAAUAGAGACACUCUUUUCUCUCUCUCUCUCUUUUUUUAAAGAUUUAUUUCUUGAAAUAAUAAAUAUUUUAUUGGGAUGUGAGAUGCAAAAGA